CUUCUCCGCGAAGCGGCGGCUGAGGCGGCCGUGUACCCCUUUCACCCGUAUUCAAGGCCCGGCCGAAGGAAGAGGGGAGGCCGCAACACAACACACUAGUGCGUCAAAAAGUGCUCCCCGCAUGGACUGGGAAUCACUACGCUCCCCGACAGCUUCCGCGGAGAGGGCGUGUGAAGGAUGCUGAUCUUGACCGCCGGCCCAGGAUAGCCACUUGAUGAGUCACAUCGCAAUGCAUGCAUCAUUGUUCCUCGUCGUAGUGGCGCUCAGCGCCGUUGCCCACGGCCGCAGCGUGCCCUCCGAAAACGACAUCUUCUCCGACGCGCCAGUGGUGUGCUUCAGGACAGGCUGCACACGCGGCACGCGGCAGACUGUGAACGAUCAGACUGUGAAUGAGUUCUAUGGCAUUCCUUACGCCAUGGCGCCGGUGGGCGACUUGCGCUUCAAGAAGCCCGUGCCCCACUACGACUGGGGUACGGGCAUCUACAACGCCACGAUCAGGCCGCCCUCAUGCCCGCAGACAUACUUCUACGCCGACGACCGCUGGAACAACUACGAUUUGAGUCUCAACGAGGACUGCCUAUUCCUCAACGUGUGGGCACCAGAGCCAUGCCGCGAGGACAUCAAGUGCUCGCGUCGCCCCGUCGUCGUGUUCAUUCACGGUGGCGGUUUCACGCACGGUGGUUCCGAACGGGCUAGCGCGGACAUGUCGCAUUUGGCUGCCGUUGCCGACGUGGUUGCCGUGUCUUUCAACUAUCGCCUCAACGGGCUGGGCUUCAUGUACGGCCGAAGCAAGGACUUGCCCGCGAACCUGGGUCUUUUUGACCAGCGGCUUGCCAUGAACUGGGUGCGGGACAACGUAGAGUUCUUCGGCGGUGACCCGGACAGCAUCACCCUGAUGGGCCACGAUGCCGGUGCCCAGAGCGUGGGGUACCACAUGCUGUCGCCCAAAAGCCGCGUCCUGUUCAAGCGCGCCGUGCUGCUGGGUGGCAAUCCGUACUCGAGCACGCCGCUCAACAAGCCGGACAUGGCGUACAACCGCGCGCUGGCGGUGACGCGCAAGCUGGGCUGUCUGGACAGCGAGCAAGACUUGAGGCGGAACCCCGGAGGCGUGAUGCAGUGCCUCAAGAGCAAGGAUGCCAGCGAAAUCGCCCACAGCUCCGAGUACGAGUUCAGCCGCGGCCGAAUUUCGCUGUUUCCCGUGUUCGGCGACGAGUUCCUGCCCAAGAGUCCGCAGGAGAUGAUGGCGGACGCUGGCAGCUUUAAAGGCACCGACGUGCUCAUGGGCCUGACGGAGGAAGAGGCCGCGGCGCUCGUCUACUACGGCGGCUACUUCGACGGCGCUCCGCCGGACGACAUCACGAUGGGCGACGUGCGCUACGUGGUGGGCCUCUACUUCGGCAUGAUGUACAAGCGCAACGCGUCUCCCAUCAUGAACUACUAUCUCAACGAGACCGAGGAGAGCCCCAGCGACUCUCUCAAAGCCGGAGGGCGCGCGAUCGGGGACGGCGUCACCCUCUGUCCCGGAAACCAAUUCGGCGAGGACCUGGCCAGGCGCGGCGCCAACGUCUACUACUUCAUGUUGACGCAAGAGUCAUCGUUUGGCUCGCAGCUGUUCGGGCCGACGUACGGCGAGGACAUGCUCUACAUGCUCGGCUCGAUGAACGACAUGAGCAAGAGCGACGAGGAGAAGCUGCUGUCGGAGAAGAUUAUGAAGAUGCUCGGGAGGUUCGCGCGGACGGGGCGACCAGACAUGCCGACGAUGAUCUCGUCGUGGCCUCAAUUCUCUGAGGAGAGCCCCUAUUACCUGUCCAUCUCGGCGAGAAACGCGAGCGUCCAGGUGGGACCACGUCUCGAGGAGUGCAACUUCUGGAAGAACUUCUGGAGGCUUCGCGGAGGCAACGGGGCGUCACAGGACAUCGUCAUCGGCUGAACACUCGUGUGCGUGUGCGCAGUGGCAGCUCUGCCUCGCGAGACGGCGUCAGAGUGCGGGACUUCGUUGCUGACGCAAAGUGCUCCGCGCCGUCUGAACGGACCUGGUUUCUCGCGUUUCUACGUCAGGCUGUGUUCCAGUAUGCCGCCGCUUGAGUGCGCUCC